AGCAUUUUUGGUCACCUUAAAAUAAAAUUCAGUCAUCUUUUAGGUACUCCGCUUAAAUUCAUUCGCCUAAUGCCGACUUGACAUUGACGAUAGCAGUGACGCCGCCUCCUCCUUCCUCUGCACAAUCACGAAGUGAAACUGCUCAUACUCGGCCAUCUGUAUGUGAUCUGCUCUCUGACCCUCCACCAUGUAGCCACCUGAGUGCGGAACAGCUGCAGCUCCAUCCAUGGCUUCUUUCUAAACAAGGACUCGUGCACCCUUCGUUUGGAUCGUGACACAAACACCGCUCAUCAUGCUUCAGAUCGGGGAUGAGGUGGUGUAUUUCUCGGCCGUGUUUCUGCUGAUGAUGUUGGGGACGCGGAGCCCCACGGGGGCCUCCCUCCUCACCGCAUUCCUCUAUGUCUUCAUGGUGAUGUUCCGGUUUCCUCCGGUGCCAGCGGACCAGGCCGGCCGCGUGCUCCGGCCCAGGGCUCCAUCGGGCGGUGUGCCGGUGGUGGCGCACCGCGGAGGCAGCCACGACGCACCGGAGAACACCAUGGCAGCGAUCAGAGAGGCCAGCAGAAACGGAGCCACUGGAGUUGAGCUGGACCUGAGUUUCACAGCUGAUGAGGUGCCAGUACUGAUGCACGAUGAGACUGUGGACCGCACUACCAACGGCUCUGGACCAGUUAGCAAACUGCAAUUGGUCCAGCUUAAGAGACUUGAUGCUGCCGCUCGUCACAGGCUGAAGGACAAGUUCAGCAUUGAGAAGGUCCCGACUCUGCAGGAGGCAGUGGAGGAAUGCAUCAGACACCAGCUGACCAUCUUCUUUGAUGUCAAAGAUCAACCUGAUAAGGCUGCAGCAGUGCUCCAUGAGAUGUAUAAGAAGUUUCCUGUCCUUUACAAUUCUAGCGUUGUUUGCUCUUUUGAACCCAAAGUCAUUUACAAGAUGCGUCAGACUGACCCCAACGUGGUGACAGCUCUCAUCCACCGCCCCUGGAGACUGAGCCGCUUUGGCGAUGGCACCGCUCGGUCCCUGUCGACAUCGAGUCAGCUGUGGCUGGGGGUUCUGGACGUCUUGUUGGACUGGGCCCAUCACCACAUACUGUGGAAACUCUGUGGUGUCUCUGCCAUCCUCGUUCAAAAAGACUUCAUCUCACUGGACUACGUUCAGUACUGGGCAGAGCGAGGUGUGGAGGUGGUGGGUUGGACUGUCAACACUGCUGUGGAGAAAGACUACUACCAAAACAUGCUGAAGGUUGGCUACAUCACUGACAGUCUGCUGGAAGACUGUGAUCCUCAUUACUGAAUGAUCAAACACACAUAUAAACAUACAGGGAGGAUUCAAAUAGCAAGUGUUUCCAAAGUGAAAAAGAUCAAAUUUUACACUUUCCUAAUAAACAAAUCGAAAGUUGGAAACUCACAUCUUCUUAGAGAACUUAAAAUACUGAAAUAUGAAAUUAAAGUUAAUUGUACCGUUGAAGAAAUCCAGAAUUUUGGUGCUAACUAGCUCUGUAGCGGCAAUCAAACAAUCCAAGCUUUAAAGAAAUCCAUGUAUGAUUUAUUGUAGAGGUAAGAACACGUCAUUGCCUGUAGCUGGCAUACAGGUAAUUUCCCUUUAAACCAACAGACACAUUAAACAUGAAGAUUCAACUGCAUACUUCCUUAUCUUUAUCCUACUACCAGCAGCAAUACCUCCAACUGUCCUGGACCAGGGAUUAGGAUUACGUUACCUUAAAGAUCUUUUCUACCUUGUGUGUGGAUCUUUCAGAGGCUUUAAAGAGACAUCAGUGUAUCUAGUUGUAACAUUAGACAUACAUGUAUUAUCAUCACAUCAAUGCCUGCUAUUAUGAUGUUUAUUCAAUAAUAGACUCUAAAAGGUGUCUUGUUAAUAUUCUACAAGUUGACAUAAUGAUGCUAAAUUGUGUGCAGAAACUUGCCUUUUGCAUUAAGUGCCACAGCUGCACAAAUACAUGGAAACUUUGAGUUGAAAUAGUUUUUCAUUGUGUGCUUCAUUGUUGAGAGAAAGAAAAUCUGAACAUGAUAACAAUAAUUGCAAAAUAAUUUGUAUGAAAUAAUGUCUUUAACAUAUUAUAAAUCCCCCCCAAAAAGGAAAACUGACAAAAUGUUUGACUAGAUACUGUAAAACCUGCAAUUUUUUAAUUCAAAUUUAUAGAUCUGACACUGACUGAAAGGUUAAUUUCAAGGUCACAAGAAGGUCAAAUGCUGCUUCAGAGAAUUCGUCACUGUGCCAGGAAUAUGAUUUAGAGGGAGAGCUACUCAUUCCCCUCAUUUAAUUUGAAUGUAACUUAAUUGUUUUGUUUGAAAACAGUCACAUUUAAAGAUAUUAAUUUAAAGAAUAUCUGAAUCAGCCUUUUAUUUUGAAGUUUUUAAAGAGUUAUUGUGCUUGAGGUCAUUCUAACAUCUAACAACUAAUCUAACAACUUCAUCUCAGUCACUUCUUACCAACAAUUUGUUUCUCAGAGAUUAAAUUUAAAAAAAAAAACUUCUCUUGCCUGUCAUUUCCCAAAUCAUAGGCUCACACAUCAAAACAUCUUGUGUUAUAUUUUUGGCUGAAAUAAAUCUAUAGAAUGUAA